AUGUACUUGGAAAGUCUUGAAGUCGAAGGGUUUAAGAGCUACGGAGACAGAACGGUGAUUGGGCCACUGGACAAGUCAUUCACAGCAAUAACAGGCCUCAACGGAACAGGAAAAAGCAACAUCCUCGAUGCAAUAUGUUUUGUCCUGGGCGUGGACACUCCCCGUCUCCUGAGAAGUGGCUCAAUGCGGGACCUCAUAUUCAAGCAGAAGAAGGGAACGAGCGGAAGCGCCAAAGUGUCUUUGCUCUUCUGCAACAAGGAGAAGGACAAAGGCCCUGCAGGAUAUGAGGAGAUCGACACGAUAAAAAUCACCCGAAUAAUCACCGAAGAAGGCCGGACAAAGUACCUCCUCAACGAUCACAGUGCAAGCACGAAGACUGUCACGCGCCUUCUGCAGUGCGUAGGCCUUUCCUCCAGCAAGGGAUACGCAGGGGAAAGCUCCCGUGUGGAGAAGCAGGUUCCCUACUACAUCGUCAUGCAGGGAAGAGUGAGCAAGAUCCUUUCCAUGCGCAGUUCGCAGUUCCUGAGUGUUUUGGAGGAGUGCUCUGGGACAAGCACGUACAAAACGGAAAAGUGCAAGGCCCACAGCGUCCUCGAGAAGAAGGAGAGAAAACUCCUGGAGACGAAGGAGACGCUGGGAAGAACCAUAUUCCCGUUUAUGGAGAGACUGCGCCAGGAAAGAGACGAGUACUACCUCUUCAAGGAGACGGAGGCAAGGCGAGCAUCUGCCGAGAAAGAGGCUCUGGAGUGCGCAGUCGAGAUCGAGCACCGGGAGGAGGAGGCGCACGAAGAGAUGAAAAAGCAGCUGCUCAGAAGAAAUGCCGAAAUAGAGCAGGAGAUUUCCGAGAUGGUCCAGAAAAUGGAGGGAACUGCCCUCCUGGACGUAGACAUUGCGGGGAUACAGGAGGUGAUCGACGCGAAGAAAAGAGAAAUCUCCGGGCUCAUGAUAGAGGUCCAGGAGGAAGAAAUCCGGCACAUAGGAGAGGCCAUUUCCGGCGUGGAGAGAGACGUAAAGCACGUUUUGGCCGAAUACACGGACGUGGAAAGGCGCUUGCAGGUCCCCGAGGAAAAAGCGUCAGCGCAAGCAUCAGCAAAAGCCUUUGUAAAAAACGGGGAGAAUUUGGGCAGAGAAAAAAGUCUCCAGGAAGUUUCUGAGGAGGAGAGUUUGAUUCGCGCCCGGAUGGAGGAAGUGCUCGUUCUGAUGGAGGCCAGGGAAAAGGCCCUUUUGGACGCAGGCAGGCAUAAGAGCAUUCUGGACGUGGAGCGCAGGAAGGAGGCUCUUUCUGUGCAGAUUGAGGGCCUCCAGAGAAGCCUCUCCCGCACGGAAAAUGCCUUGGAGGAGGCGAGGAGAAGGGGAAUUUCCGAGGAGGAGGCGGCACGAAAUGUGAAAAUGCACGCGGACUGCAGGGGAGACACAGCAAGUGACCUCCGCAGGGAGAUUGAGCGGGCAAAGCGGGAGGUGGGAUAUCCCGUGCAGAGUGGAGUCUUUGGGAAGGUGAAGGAGCUCGUCCGGAUAAAAGCCCCGGAGGAUGAAGUUCCCGUGGGGACUGUGAUAGGAGCGCGCAGGGAGUACAUAAUCGUGCAGGAUGAGAACGUUGCAAAAAAAGUCAUCGAAGAACUUUCGAGGGAGGGCCGGAGAGUCGACGUAAUUCCCCUCAGUAAAAUUGUCUCUCGGAGAAUAGACCCCAGGAAGGAGGAGGCCGCAAGAAAGCACAGAAGCAUUCCCCUGAUGGAGGCAGUUCAGUAUCCGGCCGAAAUAAAGAAGGCUGUCGAGUACCUCCUGGGAGGAUUUAUUCUGAGCCCAGACAGGAAGACUUCAGUGAAGCUGCGGGACGGAGAGGGAAUCACAACAGUCACCCGAGAGGGAGAAAUAUUUGACAAAAGAGGAACAGUCACGGGGGGAAGCCCAGAGGGGGGAAUAAAGUACUCCGGAGGAUCGUGCGAAGCGAGAACCAGAUUGUGCGACCUGCAGAGACGGGAUGAAGCCCUGCGCCUGGCCCUGCGAGAGUGCCCGAUUUCUCGCCUGCAGGAAAGCGAGAGGUGCGUGAAGGCGUUUGCCGAGAGGGAGGCGCUGAAGAAAGAGCUUGCAGAAGCGCAGGCAGAGCUGGCAGUCCUGGAAGAGAGCGGGACCCCGCAGGAGAGGAGAGACCUGCAGGCACUCGAGGAGAUCGGGGGAAUAAAGGCAAGAUUCGACUCCCUCGCGAACAGCAGGAAAUCCCUGCAGGAGAGGAGAGUGCAGGCGGAGAGAGCCCUGAAAGUUGCAAGGGAAAGGGAGGAGACACUUUCCGAGGAGAUCAGCCGGGAGGAGACGCAUAAGUUGGAGGGCAUCCGGAGUAAUGAAGUAAAUACUGCGAGAAGGUCGAUACAGAUGAAGGAGAGGCGGAGCCUGCAGAGGGCGAUAGAUGAAAUCUCCCAGGAGAUGCGGAAUAACGAGGUGAAGAUAAAGAAGGAGAGAAAACCCGUGAAGUACGCGCAGAGGAGGAGUGCUCGCUCGGAAAUUCGCAGGGCCUCGCUCGAGGAGCUGCAGGAGAGAGCCCGCGCCCUGAAGAAGGAGCUUGCAGAGAUGCAGGCAAUUCCCCGGAGAGACGUAAAUCACGUCCACAUGGAAACCCUCCAGAGAAAUGACGCCGUAGAGGAGGCACUCCGUGAGAGAAUACAGAAGGUGCAGAGCAAUAAGGAGAGCAUAGAGAAGUCCCUGGGACAGCUGAACUCAAUGGAGAAGGAGACAGUCGAGGGAAUAUUCCGGCAGGUAAACAGCAGAAUAGGAAAGUACAUGCGGUACUUCAUACCAGAAAGCGACGCCAGACUCGAGGCGGUUGACGGGUCCGUCAUGAAGGGCGUGGAAAUGCACGUGAAAAUUGGCACGUGGAAAAAGGGCCUUACAGAACUCAGCGGAGGACAGCGCUCUAUUUGCGCUCUCAGCCUGAUUUUUGCACUUCUGCGAACAAGACCGUCUCCCCUCUACAUUUUAGACGAGAUAGACGCAGCUUUGGAUGCUUCGCAUACGGAGGCCAUGGGGAGAAUGGUCCAGAAGGAGUUUGGAGGGUCGCAGUUUAUAGUUGUCUCGCUGAAGGACGGAAUGUACCAUAAUGCAAACGUCUUGUUCCAGACCUUCAUACGAGAGGGCACGUCCGGAGUGCGGAGGAUGUAG